AUGGCUAAGGCGAGAAAGAAGAAGAGGACUCAUGUUCCCAACAAUGACAGGCCUGGAAAGCCCGGACAGGCCAACCGACCGCCCAAGAGCAUGGUUAUUCGCAUGGGCGCAGGCGACGUCGGGUCUAGCGUGACACAGCUGGCGCGAGAUUUUCGAGCAGUCAUGGAGCCUGAUACUGCAAGCAGGUUAAAAGAGCGACGUGCGAAUAAGUUAAAAGACUACACCGCCAUGGCUGGUCCGCUGGGUGUCACACACCUCUUCCUCUUUUCGCGCUCGAAAUCCGGCAAUGUCCACCUCAGAGUCGCUCUUACACCGCGGGGGCCGACCCUCACUUUCAGAGUGGAGCGUUACGCUUUGUGCAAGGACAUAGCGAAAGCCCAGAAACAUCCCCGCGGCGGAGGGAAUGAAUACCUGAAUGCGCCGUUGCUGGUUAUGAACAACUUCACCUCUCAAGCAUCAAGCGAAGAUGCCAAAGCAGAUCCCAUCAAGAAACAGCUCGAAUCCCUCACUACUACUAUAUUCCAAUCCAUAUUUCCUCCCAUAUCUCCACAGACAACCCCUCUCAGCUCAAUACGAAGAAUUCUGCUAUUGAACCGCGAACCUCAAUCAGAUGGUACAUAUAUAAUCAAUCUCCGCCACUACGCAAUCACUACCCGUCGAACGGGCGUUUCAAAACGAGUCCGCAGAUUCGAUCCAAGUGAACAGCGACUGAGAGAGAAGAAGUCGGGAGCGCUGCCGAACCUGGGCAAACUGGAGGACGUUGCGGACUACAUCCUUGACCCGUCCGCCGGGGGCUAUACAUCUGCCAGCGAGACCGAGCUGGAUACCGACGCCGAGAUUGAAGUUCUGGAAACCACCACGCAGCGAGUCCUGAGCAGGCGAGAGCAGCUACGACAGCGGCAACAAGAAAAGCAACAACAAAAUGGAGAAAAAGACAAAGACAAAACGACGAAAGACUCCGGCGCAAAUGGCGGCGGAUCAUCGAACGUCGAGAAACGGGCGGUGAAACUCGUCGAACUCGGCCCCCGGAUGCGUCUCCGCAUGGUCAAAGUGGAAGACGGCAUCUGCGAGGGACGGGUCAUGUGGAACGAGUUUGUCACCAAGACCGAAGCCGAGGAGAAGGCGUUGGAGGAGAAAUGGACCAAGAAGAGGCAGGAGAAAGAGGCUCGACGGAAGGAGCAGAGGGAGAAUGUGGAGAGGAAGAAGCUGGCCAAGAAGAAUGCGAAGAUUAAUGCGGGACAGGGUGACGGGGAAGAUGAUGACGAGGAAGACGAAGAGGAGGAUGAGGAGUGGGAUAGCGAUGAUAUGGAGGACUGGGAGGAUGAUGAUCAUGAUGAUGAGAUGGACGACGUGGGCGCCGAGGGAAACGCGGCCGAGAACGGGAAUCAAGAGUGA